AUGAAGAAAGAUGUUGUUGAGUUUGUUUAUGCUUGCUUAACUUGUCAUAAUUUGAAGGUCGAACAUCAGAGACCUUCUAGGUUAGUGCAACCGUUGAACAUUCCAGAGUGGAGGUGGGAUAACAUUUCCAUGGAUUUCGUAACAGGUUUACCGAAGAUUGCUAAGGGCAAUGAUUUUAUUUGGGUGAUUGUGGAUAGGUUGACUAAGUCGGCUCACUUCUUAUCGAUGAAGAUUAACCGUCCUAUUUCUAUGUUGGCUGAGAUGUAUAUUGAAGAGAUUGUGAGACUGCACAGAAUACCUUCGAGUAUUGUGUCGGAUAGAGAUCCAAGGUUUAGGAAGAUUUUGCAAGAUGCUUUGGGCGAGAGUGCUAUGCUCAGACCUGAAAUUGUGAAAGAAACGACUGUAAAUAUAAGGAUGAUUCAUGAGAGGAUGAAAUCUUCACAGAGUUAUCAGAAGAGUUAUCAUGAUAAGAGGACGAAAACACUUGAGUUCCAGGUGGAUGACCAUGUGUUUAUGAGAGUUUCUCCAACAACUGGUGCCAGUAGAGAUUUGAAGUCGAGAAAGCUCACACCACAUUUUAUUGGUCCGUAUCAUAUUUCAGAGAGGGUAGGUGAGGUGGCUUAUCAGAUUACUUUUCUGCCGUCGCUUGCGAAUCUUCAUGAUGUCUUUCAUGUGCCUUAG